CAGAAACAGGUCUUGGCCUCGUCGCUUCCGAUUUCCGCCGUACCACGUGAUAUUCGAUCAGCAGUUGGUUGCAGAGUUUGCUUGAGAACCACGGACGUUGGGCAGGCGAUAUCGCUGCAGUUGUCGAGGCCGAGUCUCGAGCAACACGUGGUGAUCUCAACAAGGGAACUGCCCUCCAGGUGGCCAGACUGGGAGCAGAGCAAACAGGGUGCGUCCCUUUCAAGCCGGCGCCCAGACCUCCUGCACGAGGGGGGCCAGUCGACGAGAGAAAAAUGGUCGAGCCACAGCCUUUUCAGCGGAGCGAUGGGGUCCUAGCACGACGGGGCGUCUUUCUUCCCAGCUUUUUGCAGUGCGAUCACCCCUUGGAUGACGGACCUGGCGAUACACGCCCAGGAGUCAAGGAUAUGACAACGACGACGAACCCAGUCAAGGUGCUCGCGCCUGGCGCCGUGCGAGCAAGCAUCGGCGAUACGCGCCAGGAAUACCUCCGCGACGACGCCAAAAGGAUCGCUGAGCCCGCAAACACAGCGGCGUGGCACUGGGACGCUCUCGCGCCGCGCCGCCUGGUGGACGCAGUCACCAAGGCGUCGCGCACCGCGCAGGGCGGAUGCGAGCGCUUCGACUUUGGGCCCCAGCGCCACUCUGCGUCUCUGUUUGGCUGCUUUGGGGACCAGAAGAACUUAACCUCCCUGACAGUGUCCUGAGAAACGAACGAGACAAUUUUCGCUCGCCUGGCAGCUCGUUCCGCCCCAGUACAUGCCAUGUCAAUACCCAGUGGGUGAGUGAAUUCGCAGGAGUACAUGAAGCCGCGUGUCCGUGGGCAAAUGAGCAAUGACACCAGCGUGCGCUAGACGUAUACUUGCACUGCUGUUGCCCAGAUGUUGUUUGAAAUGUCUCCGCAUCUGAUGCAUUUCAAUCAUAAUGACGGCACGUGUGUCGCGCAUGUUUAUGACAGUUUAAUGCCCAUGCUUGUUGGGGCGUUCCCCCCUUACAGCGGGCAGGCUGACGCGUCGAAUCGAAGGUUGGACACCAUCUUGCCUCAUAGAGUGCUCUCUGCCCUUGCGUGCAACAUCGCCC